GAGAGGAAGAAGAGGGAGGAGAGGGAGUGCGAUUUCUUACCCAAUCCGCCUUUUCCCCGAGGAGCGCGCGAAGCCUUCCCUUGCUCCAUCCCUCCCUCUUCUUGUUCGCUCGCUAAUCAUUGCAUUUCUACUCGUCCUCCUUCUUUUUGAAGCACGCGCGUCCGUUUUCAUCGCCGCUUUUUCAUCCGCGCGCGCGUUUUGUUCGCGUCUUUUUCCUCCUUCUUCUGAGCAACUUCUCGACCGCGCGCGCGCCUUGAUCCGGUGCUUUUCUCCUUUGAGAUGCUUGGCGAGUUCUCUCCUCCCUCUUUUAACUAGACACACACAUACACACGCAUGCACGCACACACACACGCACACACACGCACGCACACACACACACACACACACACCGGUUUCAUCUUGAACUUGCGAGGUUGAUGAUUGGGAAUCUAAAAUAACAGAGGAGCAACCCGGUGGGAUACGGAGCGCUCGCGCGCCUUCAUCAAGGACCCCUUUGGAGAGGAUAAGGACCCUAUUGACACUUUCUUUUUGGUCGCUUAUUUCUUUUUGCCCCCUCCCUUUCCCUUUCAGUUGGUUUUUAGAGCUAAUCUGGAGGAUUUCUGCUUCUUCUUCUUCUUUUUUAAUAAUUCUGCUCCAAUAGCCGCUUUCGAGGGCCGUGUUCAUGUUUUCCAUCCAGGACGGUCUCCCUCGGGGAGCGCUCACCAUGAAGGAGGAACCGCUCGCCAGCGGCAUGACUCCGGUGCGCUCUUGGAUGCAGAGCGCCGGGAUACUGGACGCCAACACGGCCGCGCAAAGUGGUGUUGGUUUGGCCCGAGCUCACUACGAGAAGCAGCCUCCCUCCAACCUGCGUAAAUCCAACUUCUUCCACUUCGUGUUGGCGCUGUACGAUCGGCAGGGGCAGCCUGUGGAAAUUGAGAGGACGUCCUACGUUGACUUUGUGGAGAAAGACAAAGAAUAUAACGGUGAAAAGACCAACAAUGGCAUCCACUACAGGUUACAGCUCCUCUACAGUAAUGGAAUCAGGACAGAGCAGGACCUGUAUGUACGGCUGAUAGACUCCAUGACUAAACAGCCAAUCAUUUAUGAGGGCCAGGAUAAAAACCCAGAGAUGUGCCGUGUCCUUCUUACCCAUGAGAUCAUGUGCAGUCGGUGUUGCGACAAAAAGAGCUGCGGGAACCGAAACGAGACACCGUCAGAUCCAGUGAUCAUCGACAGAUUCUUCCUGAAGUUUUUCCUCAAGUGCAAUCAGAACUGCCUGAAAAAUGCCGGGAACCCCAGAGACAUGAGACGCUUUCAGGUGGUGAUUUCUACUACAGUGAACGUAGAUGGCCAUGUGCUGGCCGUGUCAGACAACAUGUUCGUCCAUAACAACUCCAAACACGGAAGACGCGCUCGCCGCCUCGACCCAUCCGAAGCAGCCACUCCAUGCAUCAAAGCUAUCAGCCCAAGUGAGGGCUGGACGACUGGAGGAGCCACCGUCAUCAUCAUCGGAGACAACUUCUUCGACGGGCUACAGGUCGUCUUCGGAACCAUGCUCGUCUGGAGCGAGCUCAUCACGCCCCACGCCAUCCGUGUCCAGACGCCACCCAGACACAUCCCCGGGGUCGUGGAAGUCACACUGUCUUACAAAUCCAAGCAGUUCUGCAAAGGAGCGCCGGGACGCUUCGUCUACACAGCUCUGAAUGAACCCACCAUUGAUUACGGCUUCCAGAGGUUACAGAAGGUCAUUCCACGCCACCCUGGAGACCCUGAGAGGUUACCUAAGGAGGUGCUGUUAAAGAGAGCAGCAGACCUGGUGGAAGCUCUUUAUGGAAUGCCUCAUAAUAAUCAGGAGAUCAUCCUGAAGCGGGCGGCCGAUCUCACCGAGGCUCUGUACAGUGUGCCACGCAGCCAUAACCAGCUGCCCUCUCUGACCGGAUCGAGUGCGCACUCGGGCAUGAUGGGAGUGAACUCGUUCAGCAGCCAGCUCGCAGUCAACAUCUCCGAGGCCGCACAAGCCGACCAGGGUUAUUCACGUAACUCCAACAGCGUGUCGCCUCGUGGCUACGUGCCAAGCUCCACGCCCCAACAGUCCAACUACAACACCAUCACCUCCACUAUGAACGGCUACGGAGCCGCUGGCAUGACCAACCUUGGUGUGCCUGGUUCACCCAGCUUCCUCAACGGAUCCACUGCCAACUCGCCCUACGCAAUCAAACAGAAGAGCGCCUUCGCCCCCGUCGUGCGGCCUCAGACCUCCCCGCCCCCCACCUGCACCAGCACCAAUGGGAGCAGCCUACAGGCCAUGGCUGGUCUCAUCGUCCCUCCCAUGUGAAGCAGGAGGAGAAGUUUGCGCCCGUUGAGCUUCAACUGAUGAAUAUCAAACUCCAAGAUUCUGAAGAACUCACCGACUCUAAUGUCAUCUUCGUAAAUAUCCUCACAUCAUCAUCAUCAUCAUCAUCUAAUGGAGGGUUGGGUUUUUUUUUUGAACAAGGAAAUCUUUUCCACAACCUGGACAACCUGGACAAAGUGCAUUUAAAAAAAAAAGGUUAAAAAUGAACAAAAAGUCUUUUGUUUGUAUUUUCUGUUGGAUCGAGUCUCCUUUGAUUGUCGUCUUCAGGGACUUGUUUUGCAGCCGAAUCCACAAACGCAAAGCUAGAAUUCAGGAUUGGAGAUGAUUUCAGUGCGAACUGAACAGUUUGGAAAAAUGCAGCCGCGAUCCUCGGAUCGGAUCAGCUUGGAUCGGCUCCAGACUUUUUCUUUGCAUGCGGAGUGGAUCUUGUUUAAUUUCAGUUCACAUUCAUGAACUUCAUCAUGUAAUGAUGAAGCGAGCCAAAUGGAAAAAGGAAUAAGCUCGUUAAAAAAAGAAGUAAAAGUGAGAAGAUAAAUCAAGAAAGCUCCAAGUGCGAACUUCUUCCCUCUUCUUCUGCUCACAUGAACCGUUUGAAAUUUCUCAUCGGCUCGUACAAAGUCUUGCCAACGUAAAUUUCUACUCCAUGCUCAUUUUCUACCAUUGAAAUCAAUCCAGAAUUUCAAGAAAGAUCUUACGAACCUGAUCCAGAUGCACAACAGCCAGGUUGAGCUCGAAGAUUUGAAGAAUCGAGUCGAUGAGUGUGUAGGUACUUUAGAGUCGCAGGUGUGUGGAUCGCUAGAUUUAAACCAGGAAUGCUUUCUGCAACUUUAUUCACAUUUAGGUACCAGACAUUAUUGUUGAACUUCUUGUGAUUUUUUUUUUUGUAUGUAUUUAUAAAAAAAAAAGUAUGUUUGGAGAUUUCUUUGGUGAUUUAGGCCUGAAUUAUAGUCUCACAUAUCUCUUGAUGUCUUAAUACCUUUUAGAUCUUGUAAAAAAAGUGUGAAAAGUCAAUCUUUUUUUUCUUUGUAAAAACAAAACAAAAAAAAAAUGCAGAAAAAUUCCAUGUCGGGUCACCUGCUUUUUUUGAAAAGCAGGAUGUCCUUCUACAUCACUUUUGUAAAGGAAAAACAAACACUUUUUAAUUUGUAAAUUGAACUUUUUCUUUUUUGUAAACAGCAUUUUGCGUUCUCGUUCGCCUUCCUCGUCCUGUGAGUUCUCGUGACAUGUUCCUUGUUCUUUCUAACUGCACUGUUUUCGUUGAGGCACUUACAAGAGCAAUGUAUCUUAAACGAAAAAAAAAAACGCGGUCAAAUGGAAAAGAGUUCCACAAAUAUGCACCAAUCCGAGUAUAUUCUCACACAUUGACUUAUUUUGUUACUUGAGUGAUGACUGAGUUGAAUGAUUGAUUGCACAUCACGUCCAUUUCCAUGCGCUAAUCUUUGAAGGUCAUGUCAUGACGCAUCAUAGUGGUGAGUUUUGGCAACUGAACCGAGGUUGGAGGAAAAACACCAGGGUCGAGGAGAUAAGAAUCGAUUUUGAGAAAUUUGUCUGACUAUGAUGGUUCAAAGCCCUUUUGGUUUAAAAAAAUGUUCACAUUGUUGAAAAUUUCAAGGUGACAAAAUGCUAUUUUUUUUGUGAGCACUAGACGUGACAUGACUGCGAGCAUCAUUGCACACAACCUGCGUUGACUCCUUAUGCAAAAUGCAUUAAAUGCAAAUCAACUUGAAAUCCAGAAUGCAGAGUGGAAGUUGUGCAGUUAUGAAGUGAGUUAAUUUUUUCAGUCGAGCAAAGAUCAAAUCUUAUCAGGUACAAGGAAAGACUUUGCAGUGGCAUGGUGGUUAUUUUUAUUUGAUUUUUUUUUGUGUGGCCAUGAAUUAACAUACUGAAGCCAUAAACUAAGCAUCUCAUUGUUGUGAAACAUGAAAUCGAGUUCAUAAUAGAGUACAGGGCUUUCCCCAAAGCGCGUACAUGCGGUGGGUGCUCUGCUGCACUGUGCGACGUCAGCGCCGCACUGUCACUUGCGCACACACACACACACAAAAAUCAGUACCAUAAACUGAACAAUGCAGAGGACUUUCCACACCUAAAUAUCUCCUGUUCCACUCUGAAAAUGAGUAAUAACUAUAGAAAGAGGAAGAUAUUGUAAUAUAUAGGUCUAGGCUAUCCUGGUACUCAACCUCGAAGUGAAAAUAAAGGGUUUCACUGCAUGCACUGAUUGCCAUUUACAACCAUACAGAAAACCAUGUUAUAGGUGCUGGUCGCUAGAUGGCGCUGUUGCAUGAUUUGACCUUGAUUCAGUUCCUGGCAUCCUGGAAUUGGAAAAUGAAGAGGCAUGCGACGAAGUGUUUUCAUUUCAAAUCUAAUUUUGCCCUUUAAUCUCGCCCCUUGCAUAUUGACAAGGUAAAAAACAGCAAAUUUAAUAAUGUUGAAUUGUACUAAAAUCAGCCCCAGAUGCCACCAGAGUGCACCAUUUGAAGUCUCUAAUUUCAAAAAUUUUCCAGGGAAGCAUUCCCACGGACCCCUUUCACAACCUUUGGGGCCCUCCAGGCCGGGCCAGGGCUCCACAUUAGUAGCACUGCUCUGAUACUAUUUUUUUUUUUUCUGGGGAAAGCCCUGGAGUAAUAUCCAAAUCUAAUCAUCUCCACGAUGAGGUUUUAGUUGCUACACCUGUACAAUUCAACACAUUUCAUUUCUCAAUACCGAAAUGACCUUAACUUCAAGCUUUAAUAUAUUUAAUUUGUGGCCACGCCUUAUUAAAAAAGAACCACCAGGAAAAAGAACAACAGUGACACUGUAUUUCAAUAACCCAAUGUCCAAUGGAGACCCUUUAGAAAGCGUCUUUAGACUGUCUGGAAGCAGCUUAUGAACAGAUUCUCAACCCCUUGUUGUUCAGAGUCUACAUGAACAUGUGAGAGGAUGAGGAACAAGCCGAGAAAUGUUCUACGAGACUUUGAACAUGGACCAUCCAAAUAAAGUGAGAGAAAAAAUGUAUGUUUAUUGUCUUUCAAGUCUCAGAAGCUCACCAGCUCUGUUAGGACAAAACAAAACACAAUAGGUGUGUUCAGUUAUCGGAAAAUAAGCAACGUUUUAAUCAUAAAGCAUUUGAUUCCUCUUACACAACAGAGAUUUAUCAAAAAAGUUCAACUUACCUUUACCUCUGACUGGUACAGAAAGCUACAAGUGCGAACUUCGAAUGACUUUGUAUUGCAAACAUGAACCGUUUGAAAUUUUUCAUUCACUUUACGAAGUCUUGCCAACAUCACUUUUGAGGACAUGUUGAGGUUUUUUUGAGGUUGUUGACAGUCUAGAGAUGUUUUCCUUUUGGUUUGACAGUUUAUUGAGUGUCGACACUGAACUCUUGAAAUCGAACAAUGUACAAAUGAAGCCUUGUGCUUGAAAAAACAAAGACAAGCAAUAUUUGGGAAUCUGACAGAAAAAUUGAUCUCAGAAGCGUUGAUCUCAGUGGGUGAAACUUGGGGAAGAAAAAUAUUCUUGUGUGAAUCGUAGAAAUGUAGUUUGAAAGGAAAUAUUCGCGAUGUUUGAGUUGAUGGUUGCACCAAGUUGCAUAAAGUUAACCUAACCUUGAGAUUCAUGGAACAUCUGCCGUCAACAAAACAACUAACCAGUUCUGGAAUAAAAAGCGAAUUUUUAAUCAAUUAUAUCUGCAUUUUGUUUUUGUUUUCAUCUGCGAGCAGGAUAAUGGUUUGUUCAGUUGUAUCAAUCAACGAUAAAUACUUUGCAGCUGUUCGCAUCAGGACAAACAUUGUAUCCCAUUCCCCAUUCGUAGAAUCUUAUCGAAGAAAGUUCGUAACUUGUGUCAAAAUGAUUUCCUAUUUACUAUCGACCAAUCAACAUCCAGAUAUAUUCCCGUCUUUAAUCGAUACAGAAGUAAAUAAAUGUCAGUCGUAGUUCCAGUCACAAUUAGCUGGCUAGUUGUCGCUGACAAAAGACGAACAUGAAAAGGCGUCUGUUGUUUUUCCUCAUGCUCGGUAGCUUGGAACGCACACAAAGAAAAGAAACGUUCCAACAUCACCCGUUGAGAUCGAUACGAAACGCAGUGCAUCAAAUCAUUUUGAUGAUAAAUUUCAAGCUAUUUAUUUGAGCGGAGUUUUCAGAUGAUAUUGAAGGUUUGAUUCAUAUGACGUCGUCUCCGAGGCUGAUUUUGAAACCGAACACUAACAGUGCAGGUAUAAAUAAAUAUAUGUACAGGUCAAUUUAGAUGUAAAUUCAUAUAAAAGAUUAGGGGGAGUUGCUGAGUGAGGACACGAAAUAUAUCUUUGGGAAAAAAAAAAGUACUGAUUUUGCCUUUAAAUCACUCGACGAGGAAAACUUUCCUGUUGGAAUGAAGUCAUCACUAUUUAUGUUCUGGAUGUGUGAAAAAGACUGAUGUUGAAUGUCACAUAUUGAGCCGUGAUACAAACAAACACAAGUUUAGUCUCUCACACAUAUAUACACACACGCGCACACACACACAAACACACACUUCCUUCCUGUUGAUCCUGUCAUCGUGUUGCGCUUUAGGAUGUAAGAAUGCCGGGUUUGACUUUCCUUUUCCGUUUAAUUUCCCGAUGUUGAAAAGGGUAGAGGUACUGCUUUCUGAUCUUUGUGAAAUAUUGAAAUAUAUUGAAAGUAUAUCAAAAGCACAAUGUUUAAUUAAUGUCUUUAGAACUGAGGAGAACCCUUUCGUCUCCUCUCACACAUAAAUGUGCUGUACAUAAAUGCAUGUUUUUUUUCUUUCUUUCUUUUUUCUGUGAUAC